AUGGUAAUAGACUGGCGCUUGCUUAUAUUCGUAUUCAAUACUAUACAGCCCUUGCCGCGCUGCCUGUUCGCUAUAACCGCCAAUACCGAGCCCUUAACGCAAGCAGCGCCAAAUACGAUGCCUGAAUACGAGGUCAAGCUCCCGCUCGAACCCACCGCAGUCCUUUGCCCCAACAAGGAGCUCGAGAGCACCGUCCUAUCGACCUUUGAUAUGCCCUCAAGUGUCACCAAGCAGAAUAUCCAGUUUCUCAACCCGAUUGGUAAGGAUAUCUAUACCGCCGGUUGGAGCGUACCCAUUCGCAAGAUUGAGAACGACGAUGGUUUCGACGCCGGCGAUGCGAACUGCAAGACGAAGGUGGUAGAGUCUAUAAAUAGCUGGAUGGAUCUGCCGGGGGAGUUAAACUUGCGUGUAAUGUUAAUUGACGAAGCGCCUAAUAAUUUUGAUAACUGGCAGGGCAAUGACUGGGGCACUGGUGCGUUGGUAGAGUUGCGUAUCUUUGGGCCGGUCUGCGCUAAGCGCUCUGUUGGUAAGUGGGAGGGGAUAUGGCUCUACAUUAAGGUCUGGCCUAUUGGCAACCGUGUAGAUACUGAAAUCGACUACCUCGUUGAGGCAUCUUUUAAGACUGAGUGUUGCAGGACAACCUCGAUUAAGCAUGACAGUCUUAUCUCCUACCUGCAAGGCAAGGGUUGGUUUCUCUGUAAGGACUCACUAAAGAUGCAGCUCAUUAUGGAGCGCUAUUAA